AUGUCAUCAGGCGCGUACCGACAGAAACGGCUUAUUUGGACAAUGCCGACCGGUAAAAUCCGGGCGCAAUCUUCGGCCGCAGUAUUAGUGUUCGACCCUGGUCGACAGCGCAGCGAGCAAGGCCGCCCGCACACCGUGUCUUCAUCCCCGCGCCUCAUGAUGUUUGUGACCGGGCGGUCCGCCGCGGGGCUGCCGUGCUACUCGCUGAAGAGCACCUCUCGG